UUACUCCCCCCUACAGUACCUCCCCGGCAAGGUCUUACACUCCCCCAGCUAGUCUGCCCGGUGCCUCCUCUCAGCUCCCCAUGACCAUGCAGACUGCCCGGUCCCACACUCCGCCGGCCAGCAUGCAGAGCUCCCGAUCAGGCUCUGGAGGCAAGCCGGCAGCCAUGUCCCUCCAGGCCAAGACUGUGGGAGCAAUUGGGAAAUCAGGCAGCCUGGGUGGGGGCAAACCCCUGUCUGGGACGGGUAGUGCAAGUCCGAUGAGAACAAAAGCUCUGUCCAAAUCUCUCUCUGAAGGCAGUGGCGGGAGCAAGGGCGGGCAGUCCCCGCGGUCCAAGUUGCAGGUGUCAGGAUCGGGAAGCAAGUCGUCCUCAAGCAAGGACAAACCAUCGAGGAUUAUGAUCACCAUCAGCAGACAUCCCUCCGCAUCUUCCUCCUACACAGCCACCUUGAGAAAUGCAAAAACAGAAAGUGUCAGCAAAAUCCAGUUCCAGCAAGACCGCCUCUUCGAAAGGAGCUGACCAGGUUCGAGCAUCCACCCCAACAACGUCCGGUCCCAAACCUGUCUCAUCAUCACCAAAAGUUUCCACCCCAACUUCCAAACCUGUGACAUCUGGACCAAAAAGUGUAUCUCCAGUACCCAAACCUGUGACUGGCACCCCCAAAACGGUAAUGCCUAGUUCCAAAAUGUCGUCAUCAGGCCUCAAAGUUGCAUCCUCCAUUCCCAAAGUUCCUGGCCCCACUUCAAAACCUGUAGCAUCGGUCUCCAAGUCUGUUACUCAAUCUGCAACACCUGGCCCAAAAACGUCCACUUCUGCACCCAAACUGGUGACAUCUGGAUCCAAACCACUUGUGUCAGGGCCAAAAGCACCAGGCUCAGGCUCUAAAACCUCGUCAUCUACUCUCAAACAGCCUUCAGCCAGUGCCAAAAGUACAACAUCAGGUUCAAAACUGGUUAGCAGUCAGUCGAGCAAGUCACAGGCCACCACUUCUUCCUCCUCUGCAAAUGUCUCCUCCAAAGUUGCGUUAUCUUCUGCCUCCAAGGUAUCAACUUCUUCAAAAUCAUCCACCUCUGUGUCCUCGGCUAGCAGCAAGGCUGCCUCCGCGGGACUUGUCACAGCCUCUGCCAACACCUCUGCCUCCACGAAAACAAGCACUGCUCCCAAGGAAUCCAGCUCAAAGCAAAGUUCUAGCUCUAGCAAGACUAAGACCAGUGCUGCGUUGCCUAAACUGGCACAGGAGACGUCCCACACCACCACCAGACCAGCUCCUCUCGUUAUCUCCACCGCGCCGGUGACAUCUCCGACGGUGAAGUCCACCGUGUCCCCACGUGCAACUUUGUCCUCCCCACCUCUCUCCCGAUCCAACUCCAAGUCCCCCAUCCGUUCCCGGAAAGGUUCUCUGUCUGCCGUGAUAGACAAGCUAAAGAACACCGCCAGCAGCGUGCACGUUAGCAGCAUCUCCGACAACGACAGCGUUGUCCUGGUCACGGCUCACGUCAGCCCCACCACGCAGGCUAGCACGGCGGAAAAUCCGCAAGUCAGCACUGUAUCCUACAGCCACACUUCAAAUGGCAUCCCAGAGGUCCCAGCCAUCAAGGCUGAUGUCAAAACGACUAAGGAUGCAGUCAAGUCAAAGUCUUCCAAUGUGGUAACUGUAGCAAAGGCAGAAAUAGCAGUCAAGGCCCUAACCACAACAGCUGCAAUCACAAAUGGGACUGUUUCCAACGCAAGCGAUAGAAUGAAAAGUGAACACGUGGCUGAAAGAAGAGAGAAGUCCGUCUCGCCUAAGACAACCCGGCAGGACGAGUCGUCCGAGACGCCGCCUCCUCUUCUCAAACCUCAGGAAAUCGACCCGCAGACGUCCUCUGGUGCUUGCGCAUCAGACGGCGCAGCUAGGAGUACAGCUGAAGCUUCAGAAGACGUGUCCAUCAUACCCGAGAAACUAACUGAAGACUCCAGCAGCCGUCCAACGUCUGCUGAAAGUAAGACCACAGGAGAACGGCCGCGGUCGAGAGGCGAGGACAAAAGUUCAUCCUCUGGUCAGAAUCCCGCUGCAAAUGGUACCAAAGAGGAAAGGAGUGGCAAAAAGAGGUCAUCCGCUACUGUGGACGAACGGCACGGCAACCAGAAUCGAUCAAAAUCUAAGCCCCAGGCGGAGUCACAGGGUCCAGCUCCAGGUCCGGCCGCUGCCAUGCCGGCCCUGACUGCUGGGACACAGCUGAACGCCGGUGCGCUGUCUUCCUUGGUCAGCUACGGUGACGAGAGCAGCUCCUCACCCCAGGAGACCAGCCCCACCCAGGUGCAGGACCCGGAACCCCCCGUUCUGGAGCCCUACGGGAAGACGGACAGCCCGGGAGCUGGUCCGGCUCUGGGAAACGUCGGUCAGGACGAUCUGCACUCCCUCAGCCCGGACGGUAACCUUGUCAUCGACGUGCCCGGUGCUGCCAAUGCACACACGGGCGCCCCCCUCCCCCCUGCAACUCAUUCCCCAGACCAUGACCAUUCCAUGGACCCUGAAGUAGACUCUCAAGCUGAGAACACCUCCCCUCUGUCUGACCCCGACCAAUCCCAUCUGCUGUACGAAGGCACUUCUGACCAAUCACAGCCUGAUGCCAGCCCGUGUGACAUUGAUGAUGAUCUGAUGGACGAAGCCCUGAUUGGUGGAAUGGAUUCAUAACAGACCUAUCAGAUUGUGGCACUAAUUUCUGAUACAGAACCCAAGUUCUCAUCGGUGGAUUGGAUUGGAGUUGAGAUAACCAAUCGGAUUACAUCUCUGAUAUAAGAUAAGGACACAGGGUGCAUUUUUCCUAAACUUUUUUUGACGUAAAUGUCCAUGACAGGACCUGUCAUAUUUUGUUUGCUCCAGAAGGCCAGGUACAUGUGCCUGGGACUCUGGCAGUGGCAAUGAUUCUUCUCGUCAUUCAGUCAAGAGGGAAACUGAAAGCUCUGUAAGAAGCUAGUAUGAUAGUCGGACACAAUAAUGUAUUGGUAGAAGCAUUCAUUUGUAGCAAUUGAAUAGGAUUGACUGUAAAAUGAGACAGUUUUGACUAGGGAUGGGUUGCAAAUUUUAAGGUCUAUGUCCAACAAUGUACUUAUAAAUGCUAUUUUCAGUUGUAAGAAGAGGUGAUUGUGGAUGGGACUACCAUACAAUCAUGGUUGGCAUUUAAGCUACAAAUUUUAAAGAAAAGUAGUUGCUAUUUUCUCAACUACAUUUGAAUCGAGGACAUUUUUUUAGGCCAUGACUGGUUUCCUUUGUUUUAAGUGUAGUUUAUGUAAGCAAAGUAUAUUUAUCAGUAACUGUUUGUUAACUACAGCAAGACAGGACUACUGCACAACUGUGUUAGUAUUAUUUAUGUGAUAUGUGCCAUUGAUUCGGCUUUUGAAUCUGCUUUGGGUUCAGAAAACUGCCCAAUUUUUUUAUACCAAACUUGUAUUUAGCAAUACUUUUUGUGUCCCAAUUUUAUAUCAAGCUGGUAUUUAGCAAUACUGUGACAUGCAUGAAAGUUAGGCAAGUGUUUAACUUUGGCAAGUUUGUUGGCUUUACUAUGGCUUCAGUCCAGUCUUUAUAAAGAUUGGCUUGCCAGAUUGCUUGCCUUCCAAAACCUGAGAAAUCCAGCAUCCUAAUCAGUAUUGUAUCAUAGUACUGUCAAGACUCUAGAGGAAUUACUGUAGUAAGAACAUCAGACAUGGUUUUUCUAUGGUUUUUUUAUCUAUCAGACUGAAGUAGCCAUCAUUGAUCUCAACUAAUCUGGAACAACCCCAUUAGGAAUAACAAGUUAUGCACCCUACAGUUAACAGUGACUGGUGCAUAUCACGUGUUAAAAAUGAUGUCAAGAAAGAAGUCCUUUCAUUUGUAAUGUUGUAGGGAUAGUCUUUGAAAGGAAUUGCCAAUAUAGGGAUGUCAACUCUCGAUUCUUGUUUUUCCGAGCGCAGAAAUUUUGUCAGACAGCCAAGUGUGGUAGAAUGGCGGCAGAAACCACUCUUGUAUUCUUGUACAUGUCCAAUAUGGCAAGAGUAGACUGAACAGAGAUUUCGAUGUGUCCCCAGAAAUGAUGUCUAACCAAGUAUACAGCAGCUCUGUUUUAUUGAGAAUAUGAAAGUUUGGCCUGCUACUGUGUCACAAUUAUUAAUGCAUGUAUUGAAAUAGCUGUUUGAUAAACAUAGCAUCAUAUUCAGGUAAAAAUAUGUACCCAAGAUUAUCGAGAACACAGUCAAACUUUUGAAAUGUAUGGAAAUUGUACCUUACUAUCUUGUUUAGCUUCAUGUUUUAUUGCUAAUAUGAACUAUUUGUAUUUUAUAUGAAAUGAAAGUAUCUAAUUGUAGUUGGCAUAAUUCUUAACUUCAUAAAAGGCUUUUUUGGUACUAGACACUAGCCGAUUGGCCAACAUAUGUAAUUAGAUCAUGCUAGUGUUUUUAUAAGAUGUAGAAUUUUUGCCAAAGGAGCUGCAUAGAAAAGAAUCAUAGUGGAAAAAUUCUGUUACAUGUUGCAAGUUAUAUUUAUGCUCUUUGAUAGUUUUAACAGUGCUCAAGAAUCAGGUCUUGUGACACAAUCUUCACCUUUCUCUUUAAGGCCCAAGUGUUAAGGCCCAAGUGUCUUAUACUAGUAAGACUUGAUGGUAAGACUAUACCACUAUAUCUUAGAGGGAACAAGGAUAGAUCUUUUACACACAUACCUCCAGUAUAAGUGUUGGUAAAUUGCUCUUAUUAUAUAUGCCAGAUUUCUUGUUGUAUAGGCGAUGUACGAUGUGCACAUUAUAUUUACGCUUUGUAUAUAAUCACACGUUAGUAUGGCCUUUUUGUUUUGGGUCAUGAAUAAAGUACCAACUGUUUUGUA